UGAUAUAGUACCCGCAGCAAUGUUGAUAUAGGCAGACAGUAGGCAGAGGAAGGACAGGCAAAUUCAUGGGCAGGCAGGGGGACUUUUGAAACUGAGCCUUAAUGAUAUUUGUAUCUAUUCAGAGAAGAAGAAACCUCUUCACCCUCCUCAGAUAGCCCACAUCCUCUACUUUAUCCUCUGUAUGUAGGGAAGCUGGAGAGACCAGCAUCAUACAGGACCCUCCAGAGCCACCCUACAGGAAUAGACUUUGAAGUCUUGGGACCCAUCUUGUCUGCAGGAGAGAUGAGUGGAGAGGACAUGGUUCCAGGACCUCAGUUGACUGAUAAGAUAGCCUUUAUCUUUGCUAUCAUUUUAUUCCUUUUGUGCUUGGUGGCAGUGGUGGGUAAUGGCUUAAUCACCGUGGCACUGGGCAUGGAGUGGUUGCUGCAGAGAACUUUGUCACCCUGCAAUAAGUUAUUGGUCAGCCUGGGAGCCUCUAGCUUCUAUCUGUGAUGGGUGGAUAAGAACAUUUAUAUUUUCCUGAAUCCAAUAGCCUUCCCAUACAACCCUGUAUUCCAGUUCCUAGCCUUUCAGUGGGACUUCUUGAAUGCUGUCACGUUAUGGUUCUCCACCUGGCUCAGUGUCUUCUACUGUGUGAAAAUCGCAACCUUCACCCCUGUCUUCCUCUGGCUAAAGCAGAUGGUGUCUGUGUUGGUUCCAUGGGUGCUGCUCAGCUCCAUGGGGUUCUCCAGCUUCAGCACCAUUCUAGUUUUCAUAGGCAACCGGAGAAUAGAUCAGAACUAUUUAAAGAGGGUUCUGCAACCUUGGAAUGUCGCUGGGAAUGCUGUGAGAACAUAUGAGAGACUCUGCUUCUUCCCUUUGAAAAUUGUUACCUGGACAGUCCCUACUGUUGUCUUCAUCGCUGGCGUGGCUUUGCUCAUUCCACCUCUGGGAAGACACACCAAGAAGGUCUCCCUGUCCAUCUCAGGCUCUCAUGAUCCCAGCGCCCAGGCACACAUCAAGGCUCUCCUGGCUCUCAUCUCCUUUGCUGUCCUCUUUGUUUCCUAUUUUCUGUCACUGGUGCUCAGCGCCUCAGGUGUGUUUCCAUCACGGGAAUUCAGGCACUGGGUGUGGCAGGCUGUGAUUUAUCUGUGCACAGUAGUCCACCCCAUUGUUCUUUUCUUGAGUAACAGCAGGCCGAGAGCUGUGCUAGAGAGGGGCUGCUCCUCAGGGCAUGGGGCAUCUUGAGUUGCUUUGAUGAAGAGCCUCAGAGACUCUACUGCAGAAGGCCUGGGUAGAAUGGGACAUUGCUUCUUUAAAUCUCUUUGCCACGUUUAAUGCUCUUUCCCUCUUUGAUGCAUUUCAUGAUUUCAGUGAAAUAGGAUUUCAAGGUGAGAUGGAAU